AUGUCAUCUGGCAGACAGGUGGACCCCCUGCCGGUCCGGAACGCGAGGGCGGAGGAGGGGGAAAGCGAUGCCACGCUCCAAGGGCUGGACGAACUCGAGGCGCCCAACCCUGUGCCGACGCACGAGGCCGGCCCAUCCCUGGAGCAUAGCCAGAGCAUUUCAGAACCGGGCGUGGGGCGGCUGGAUGAGUUGGCUGUACCGUCGCCGCUCAAGAAUGGACCAGCAUCCUCACGGCACAGCCAGGAUCUCGAAGGGGCAAUUCGACGGGAAUCCCAUCAGCAACACGAAGCCAGAGAAUCAUCAGCUAAGCCCAGCUCUGCCGCGGCGAAGAUCAACCUCCCUAAAAUCUACAUCCACUCGUACCUAGUCUUCUUCUCCAUUCUCGGCACGCUGGCACGCCUCGGCCUGCAAGCCAUCACCAUCUACCCAGGCGCGCCCGUCGCCCUCGGCGAGAUCUGGGCCAACGUCGCCGGCACACUUGUCAUGGGCUUCCUAGCCGAAGACCGGACGCUGUUCCAACGCGACCUCGCCAUCACAACACAGCGCUUCCAGAAGCGGCACGACGCCUCCUCCUCCAACAGCAACGGCGGCGGAUCCUCCUCCAACGGCGCCCAAUCCCCCAACAAGCCCGACAUCCAGGCAUUAGAUCAGCUUCAAAAAGAACACAUGGCCAUCAAAAAGACCAUCCCCCUCUACAUCGGCCUCAGCGUCGGCUUCUGCGGCAGCUUCACGACCUUCUCCUCCUUCAUGCGCGACGCCUUCCUCGCCCUCUCCAACGACCUCAACACCGCGCCCACCUCCACCAAAACUACGACCGUGAACCCUCGCCCCCGCAACGCCGGCUACAGCCUCGCCGCCGUCCUCGCCGUCCUCAUCCUCGUCGUGGCCGCCAGCCUCGCCGCGCUGAGCUUCGGCGCGCACCUGGCGCUGCUGUCCGAGCACAUCAUCACCCACCCACGCGCGGAGAAGCAGCAGCAGCGCAACAACGCCACCACCACCACCCGCCGCCGCCGCCCCAUCCGCGCCCUCCUCGACCCGCUCAUCGCCAUCCUAGCCUGGCCCCUCUGGCUCGGCGCCGUCCUCAUGGCCAUCUGGCCGCCACACAGCCACGCGCAGUGGCGCGGCCAAGCGGUUUUCGCGCUCGUCUUCGCGCCGGCGGGGUGCGUGCUGCGGUUCUACCUGUCGCAGUGGCUGAACGCGCGGGUGCCGCGCUUCCCGCUCGGGACGUUCGCGGCGAAUGUGGUGGGGACGGUGGUGCUGGGGAUGUGCUACGAUUUGCAGCACAGCAAGGUCGGUAGUGGUGGGGUCAUCGGGUGCCAGGUGCUGCAGGGGGUGAUGGAUGGGUUUUGCGGGUGCUUGACGACGGUGAGUACGUGGGUGUUGGAGCUGAAGACGCUGAGGCGCGGGCAUGCGUAUGUGUAUGGGGCGGUUAGUUUGGCGGUGGGGUUGGGGGGGUUGGUGGUUGUGAUGGGGAGUGUGAAGUGGACGGUGGGGUUUGAGGCGAUUCGGUGCAAGACUUGA